CAGACUAUACAAGUUAUGAUUGCGAAUGUGUGUGACGUUUGUAUAAUCCUGAAGUAAAACGUGUGAAUUUAGAUAUAAUUAUAAAUCAAAAUAUAUAUUUAAGCCAUGGAUUAUCAGUACGAGCAGACGAGCGAAGUAGAAGCUUUAGAUUCUAUUUACUAUGGAGACAUGCAAGUUAUUGACAAAGUACCCUUCCACAAAUUUAGUAUACCAAUAAAAUCGGAAGGUUUUGAUGACGGUGAAGGUCUAGCCUGUGAUCUAGUAUUCACUUACACUGCAAAAUACCCAGAUGAGCUACCUAUCAUAGAAAUUGACAAUGAAGAAAAUUUUGAUGACAUAGUGGAUAAGGAUGAACUACUCUCACAUUUAACAGAACAGGGAAAUGAAAAUUUAGGAAUGGUAAUGGUGUUCACAUUAGUGUCAGCAGGUCAAGAGUGGCUCAAUGUUAAAUGGGACACAGUUAAGAAGGAAAGAGAAGAACAAAUCUUUGCCAAGAAGAAGGCAGAGGAGGAAGCGGAACAGAAAAGAUUUGAAGGUACAAGAGUGACAGUUGAAUCAUUCUUAGCAUGGAGGAAACAGUUUGAAAUAGACAUGGGUAUUCCUGCCAAGAGAGAGAAGGAAGCAAAGGACAAGAACAAGCUAACAGGAAGAGAGCUCUUCUUGAGGGACACCACCCUCAAUGAAUCUGACCUUAAAUUCCUUGAUGAUGGCGAUGCAGUCAAAGUGGACGAAUCUCUGUUCCAAGACUUGGAUGACCUAGAGAUAUCUGAUGAGGAGGAUGAAGACUAUGUUCCUGGUAAAAGUGGAAGUGAAAGUGAUUAGCUAGUGCUAGCUAGUGAUGCGCCCCUGUAGGGGACAGUGAACUGAACACAACUCCAGCCGUCAGGCUGACGCGAGGCCUUUCAUCCGAUGUCGUUUACACCGUUACUCAGUUAUUGUUCAAUAAAAAUACAUAUUUUA